AUCUGAAGUUUGAGAUAUUGAGAGUAGUAGUCAAAGACUCUUUCGAAGAGCAGGGGGUGGUUGCAGAAGAGAGAGAGAGAGGCUAAGAAAACCGGCACAAGAGAGAAGAGAAGAGAUCGAUCCAACCACAUUACGCGGCACAAGCACCACCGAAAGCCGAACUCUAGCUUGUUACCACCGAUUGUUUCAAUGGCAAUGGAAUCACCGGAUUCACGUCAGGCGUCGUCUACCGAUGCACCACCACCACCGCCUAAGCGAUCUUCUCCUGUUAGUUCGCCAACUCGAGAAAAUGUGGAGAAGAAUCUACAUCUUAGGUUCCUUGUGUCUAAUGCUGAAGCCGGGUCUGUAAUUGGGAAGGGCGGUUCUGCAAUUAGUGAUCUUCAAACUGAAUCUGGAGCCCGCAUUCAGUUGUCACGCAAUAAUGAGUUUUUUCCUGGAACAUCUGACAGAAUAAUUAUGGUAUCUGGAACAUCUAAUGAAAUACUCACAGCUGUAGAGUCUAUUUUGACAAAGUUGCUGAAAGAGUUCUAUGUAGAAGAGGAAGAGGCUGACCCGCACACAAAACUCAGGCUAAUUGUACCAAAUGGAUCUUGCGGUGGUAUUAUUGGAAAGGGCGGUGCUACUAUAAAGUCAUUUAUUGAAGACUCUCAUGCUAACAUCAAGAUAUCCCCUCAAGAUAUCAAUUUCCCAGGGCUGAAUGAUAGGCUUGUAACACUUUCAGGAACCCUAUAUGAACAAAUGCGUGCUAAUGAAUUGAUUCUGUCUAAGCUGGCUGAGGAUUCUAACUAUAUCGGCUCUUUCACUGUUCCAUAUCCUUAUGCAGGUAUUUCCUUUGCUGGUUUUCAUGGUGUUCCAUAUGCGUUUGUACCUCCUUUUGGAACAGCAGCAUACCACGGGACAAACUAUGGAGCGAAUGGCAAUGGUGGAAAGUUUCAGAAUAACAAGGCAACUCCAUCUACCACGACCACCAUAGGUGUAGCGGAUGAACAUAUUGGAGUUGUUGUUGGCCGCGGAGGGAGGAACCUGACAGAAAUCAGUCAGGUUAGUGGGGCUAGGAUAAAGAUAUCCGAUAGAGGCGAUUUCAUACCUGGAACAUCGGAUCGGAAAGUGACUAUCACUGGUUCACAAAGGGCUAUUCGAGUUGCAGAAGCUAUGGUUUCGCAAAAAGUUGCUUCUGUUGUGGAAAGGUGAUGGGUGCAUUUUCUUUGCAUGCUUUUGAUGGUUAGGGGUCUGGGAGAUAGUAAAUUUGUUUUUUUAUAUUUAAUUUAGAAAAAAAACCACAAAAAAAAAGUUAAAGAAGGGAGAUUUCAUUUUAGGGCUGUUUUAUUUUAUUUUAAUCUUUUGUUGUUGUGAUGCAAGUUUAACUUUCUUGGUGACUUUCUUUUGUUUGAUCCAAUGGAAUAGUAAGUAGGGGGUAGUAGUGAAGGAUUUUCAUUUUGGAUUUUAUAUACAAGCUUGAGAUGAUAUGUUUUUUUUUU